GUGUACAUGGUUUUUGACCUUUCUGAGUGAAAGAGAGUGAGAAGUAAGAAAUGGCAGAAACAGAGAGCAGAAACAGAGGAGGGAGAUGGGGUUUGAAUGGAAUGACCGCACUUGUGACUGGUGGCACUCGUGGGAUCGGGCAUGCCAUAGUGAAUGAUCUAGCUGGGUUUGGUGCUGCUGUGCACACUUGUUCAAGGACCCAAACAGAACUUAACAAGUGCUUGCAAGAAUGGCAAAGUCAAGGCUUUCGGGUUACUGGGUCUGUCUGUGAUGUGUCAUCUCCAUCACAGAGAGAGAAGCUCAUUCAGGAUGUGGCAUCCACUUUCAAUGGCAACCUUAAUAUAUUUGUCAACAAUGUUGGAACAACCGUAAGAAAGCCAACCAUUGAGUACACUGCUGAAGAAUAUUCAGAGCUGAUGAGAGUUAAUUUAGACUCUGCAUUUCAUCUGUGCCAACUUGCAUAUCCUCUUCUCAAAGCCUCUGGAAAGGGAAGCAUUGUGUUCAUUUCAUCUGUUGCUGGUGUUAUGAGCUUAGGUACUGGAUCUGUCUAUGCAGUAAGUAAAGCUGCAAUUAAUCAGUUCACAAAAAAUCUGGCUUGUGAAUGGGCAAAAGACAACAUAAGGAGCAAUUGUGUUGUGCCAUGGGCAACCAGAACCCCACUUGUUGAACAUUUGCUCCAAAACCAAAAGUUUGUGGAUGAUGCUAUGGCUCGAACUCCUCUGAAGCGCAUUGCAGAACCUGAAGAAGUGUCAUCCUUGGUGACUUUCCUUUGUCUGCCUGCUGCUUCGUACAUCACAGGACAAGUUAUUUGUGUUGAUGGAGGAUUAACUGUGAAUGGAUUUCAACCCAGCAUGAGAAUUACUUGAAUCUCCUUAACUCCUCUUCCUUGGGACAAAUGAUUCUCAUCUCAAUUCAACAAGUGUGUCACACGUGAUGAUCUUGAUUUGCAAUUUCAUUUUCUCUCCCUUUUAAUAGUGGAUGGUGGUCAUAUUUAACUCAUGAACAGCUUAUGUAAUAAGUGACACGUCCAAUUUUUCAUGUCUUUUUCUUUCGUAACAUGGGCAUAUGACUCUUACUUAUUAACUCUUUGUGAUAAGUUUUUGCCAAAAAUAAUUGUAUUGG